UGCUCUCGAAAGCUGGGGAGGUGUACUAACGCCUGCUGACUGCGCUAGAAAACUUAGAGACCUAGAGCUGACACGUUUUGUUGAUUCUCGUUCGAAGCUUGGCGAAGAAUCAGACCGGGCAAUGGGCGAGCUGCUUGACUAUGUACUAUCGAAGCCUUCCGUUUUGGCCGAGAUGCUGACUGUGUGCGAGAGAGAGGGAAUCGAUGUGAAAGGCAUUAGCGGCGUGAUUAUCUAUGCUUUGUUUGCUCGUUCCGUAACAUCCGACGACGAGAAGACAAUGACGGAAGUGCUGCAUCGUCUCAUGCUAUUGCAAGUCAAGAGUUGCCAGAAUCUGCGCUGGUUUUUUAGUGGCAAUGCGCAGGCGUUUACUUACCUCUUUCGCACGUGGUGUGAAGGUUUGCUUUCAGCAAAGGCAUACUUGAAGGCGUCACUGCAGCUACCAGUGAUGGAAAUUGUCAGGGAUGCUGAUGACUCUGGCUGGUUGGAGUAUGAUCCAGACAAAACACUUCAGCUGAUGUCUGACGUCGAUAGGGAUGCGUUUCACAAUGGCAGUGAACAAGAAAAGGCCACAGUUUUGGACAAGAUUCAAAAUAAAGUUGGAGUAGCAACAUCGAGACUUGCAUCCUUUUGUAUCAUCAUUCUGCAAAGUCUACACGAACAACUGGAUGUAUUUCCAAAUUCUAUUCGAUGGCUGGCAGCCGAGUUCAAGGCAGCCCUAAUUGAAAGCAAAGAAUUGACAGAGGAAAGCAUUCACUGUCUUCUGUCUGAUAUGAUAUUUACUUGCUUUAUAUGUCCCAUUCUGAACGAUCCUCAGAAACAUGGUAUAGCUACAGAACUUGUCAUCACUAAUGCGGCUAAACACAAUCUUCUUCGAAUCAGCCAGAUCUUGCGGGAUCUAGCAAUCAUUAAUGAGAAGCAAAGAGCGGAAAACUUACAUCAAGUCCAUUUGAGUAUGGAUCUGGAUAAUUGGAGAUCAUUUCUUGCUGAUCUUACUACUGGAGUAGGAGAGACUGUUUCUUCUCCUCUUCUAUCAUCACUUGGAUUUCAGAAGACUGCUGUGCUUGCUACUGAACGGGAGUUAAGGAUUCUUGUCAAUGUUUUGUGGCAUAGUCACAAGUCUGUUUACAUGCAUGGACUUGUAACUGAGCCGAAAAUGAUUGAUAAACUUCUUCGUAAGAUUCCGUCUGCUUACAAACCGUUGCAUUCUCCAGUGACCCCACCAACUACAGAAGUACAUCUCAAACCGAUCAGUCAUUCUGAAGGCUCAGCCUCACUUCCUGCUUCACCCAGUGGACAGAACAGCUUGUAUGGUUUGCAGCCAUCUCCUCAGUCUUUGCAGCAUGGUGAUAAUUUCAUGAAACACAAGCGCUUUCAUACUUCAGACACACAAGAGCCUCGUUCUUUUCGAGUAGCUACUAUUUCAGGAACACGAGGUAGUUUUACAGUUGGUGACAUGGCUGGAACCAGACGGCACACCUACAAUGCUGCCAUGCUGCAUCGAAAGCAAUCUGUACUGGUGGCAGCUGAUGUUCUAGUUGUACCAUUGAAAACAGAUUGUUUUACUGGUCAGAAUGCCACUAGAAUUGAACUGAAAAGCGAGCAGCAAGUUUUACAUGGGCGUACAGUGUCUUCGGUGUCUGUUUGCUCAUCUACUGCAAGCACAGUCAACACUAGAAGCAGCAGUGGAAGUCGUCCCACAGAAAGCGAGAAACAUCAAGGUAGACCAACGUCUGAAGAAAUUCGUCGUUCAGCUUCAUUUUCUGUCUUGCCACGGUCAGAUGAUGUGAACAGUAGUCUCUUUGAUGCUGUCCACACUGCUGCCGGUGACACACUAUUGGCAAAGGGCAAUCCAUUCUUAGCAACCAUGCCUCUUUCUUCAACUGACCGGCCAUGUUCACUGCCCCUAAAUCUUAAUCUUAAUGUUGGCGAGCAUUCUCAUAACAGCGAUGUCAAAACACAUUCACUGGUGACUGAUGAAGAUGUUCAGGUUGAAAUCACGGAGUCAAAUCUUGAGGCUUUUGAAAGUUUGGGAUCAGAAACAGGGCAAGGUGUUGGAAAUCAGCAGCAAGUUGGAAAUUCCAAAAUGUCAAAUAUUCCCAUUUUAACCAUGGAUCCUCCUCAAGCCCAAUCUAACAAAUCAGAACAGACAAAACAGAAAAAUGUUGUAAUGUCUGACCUGUUGGGAAAUUUUGAUCCUAUCCAUUCCAAUCAAGUUGCUGGUUCGUCACAACAAACAGAGACUGUCGAGUUUUUGGUAGGUAGUAAUGAAGAUCCCUCACAACAGCAAACUGUGCAGCCACCUUGUCAAUUGGAUGGUAAUUCUGAUAUUCAUGACAUGCUGGCUGGCAGUGGCACUGGUGGCCUAGUUGACCCAUCAGGCAAUGAAAAGGCAAACAGCAUAGAUAAUGUAACGAUUGAGCCAAUGCCGACUCUACAAGGACCGGAGCGUGGCAGACAGGGACUUCUCAAGAAAGUAUCUGGAAGUAAGAUUGCACGUAUUUUUCGAAGAAAACACAAUACUGAAUCUGACUCUGCACCUGCUUCAGCGUCAGCUUCAUUGUCCACAUCACCUGUUGUUUCACCUCGAGCUAGCCCACAUUCAUCACCAUCUUCUAGUCCAGCUCUGUUGAGAAAACAGAAGGGCAAGAAAUUGUCUCGUAGUGAUGAUACUACUUCAUCGGUUACAAGUUCUACCAAAAGCUCAGUUGAUGACCUUAUUCUUCUCAGUCCUGAUCAGAGUGUGAUUAAGGAAGAAGAUGAGGAUAUAACUUUGAAGUAUGAGAGAAAAAUGCAGGAGCAAAGAAGACAGCAACAGGAACUUAGUAGUUCUGUCAAUCUGGAUGUUGAUGAUGAAAGUUGCAGUGACUUAGGAGACAGUGAUGAUCCUCUUGUUGCAUUUACUGAUGCCAAACGUUAUUUGAGAAAUUUGUUUGGAUCUUUUGAUCAAUGGCCUCUUGUUGGACAAACACGGUCAGGAUACUGUGAAAGGUUUGAAGAAACAGGGAAACCUAGUGAGUUGUUAGAAAUCUUACACGAUUCAAGAGACCUGGAAAGCAGUGGAAAUCAUUCUAAAUUUUACAAGUGUAAUGUGAAAUGGUUGCUCCAGCUGUGGCUUGCUGAAGCUUCAGAAGAUGAAGAUGGUGUGCGAACUGCAUCGGUAAAAGAAGCAUUGCGAAGUCUUGAUCUCCUUUCUCUGGAGAAGCAAGUAGAAUUACUAGAAUGUAUGGAGCAUGACUACUACCAACGUUGGUCUUACAUCUCAUACCUGACACGCACUAAACAAUCAUUGUUACGUGCCAUUGCAAUGAUGGAAAGGCAAUUGAAGCGAAUAGGAUUAUAUAAACAAAUCUGCUGGAGUAACUUCACCACAAUGAGGGUGAAAGCUCUGUUUGAACAGCAGAAACAAUAUCUAGACUCUUUUGCAAUGAAAUUUGAAAACACUCAGCUGACAGAUGAAAAGAGUGACCUUCUUGAUGAGUUUUUUCAAGACAUUCAGUCAUACAUGGAAAGCGAUGAAGCUUUCAGUGGCAUUUCAGAAAAACAGAAAGAGCACAGUUUAGAAGUUGCAGAGCGUCUAUGUUUUAGUAAGGUAUACUCACAAGCUUUCUAUCCUAACGGUGAAGCUGACUUUCAGAAAGACACGAUCAUGUAUGACCUCAUUCAACAACUUUCAAAGAAAUUUUCUCUGAGCCAUGUCCAUGCAGUAUAUCGAAAAUGUGCUCCAUGGAAAGAUGCUCAAGAUGCACUCUUGGCCAUCGGUGCCCACCGGAGCCCUCGUGACAAGCUUCACUGCAUUCGAAAAUGUACUUCAUGUAUUAUGAACACCCUACAUGUUUCUUGCUCAGGGCGUGUUCCUGCAGCGGAUGAUUUCUUUCCAGUCAUGGUUUAUGUCAUAAUCAAGGCAAACCCUCCACACCUCCCAUCCACCAUUCAGUACUUACACAAUUUCCAAGAGAGACAUAUGUCUGGUGAGUUGUCCUACUGGUGGACACAGUUUUGUAUGGCAGUUGAAUACAUUAAAACAAUGAAAUCGCCUUCACACUGACUUUGGUAAUAAUGAUAAUUAUUAUUGAAA